AUGCCUAAGCCAGUCUCCGGAGGACUCUCACACCGCAAAAGACAAGGACCUGAGGAUUGUGUUGGUCGACGCCCAUCAAAACGGUCGAAGAUCGACCGGCGUCCGCCUACAUUUUGGGAUAAUCUAUCGAGAAUUUGGUUGACGAGAGACGCACUUGAGGAGCUAGACCAACGAAACAGCGCUUCCAUCAGUUCAGAGCCACCUCGAUCCAAACAGCGACCAGUCACACGUCUCCAAGAGAAAGAGAGGCGACUUCAUCAGAAACUUCCUUCCUGCACUAUCUACUCCGGUCCUGCGACGUUAAACGACAUCAGGCGAUAUUCCAGGGGCGGUGGCCCUGAUCUAUCUGACCUUAGAAAUUUUCCGAACCCUGAACGACUUUUUCACCCAAUGAGUACUAAUAAUCUGGAUCGCCGGAAGAGACGUGCAGAAUCCCCUUCAGGUUCCGCCGCAGAACAAAGCAGUGCCAAUAAGACCGCAAAGUCUUCCAGCACCUCAGCCUACAACCGCAAUUUCGAACAAAAUCUGAUUGAUAAUGGCAUAUACCUACCUGGAUAUAAGUAUCCUAAUGGUCACAGGCCACCCAAGCCUAAUAACUGGGUAGAACUUAAUGAACGUUUGGCACAACGUCGGCCUUCCCUCUCAUCAUCACAGUUCUCCGAGGAUGACUUUGAGGAGUUUGUUGAUAAAGAUUUGAAUAUUCGGAAGGAGAAACCUAUUGGUCGUUUUGCUCUCUCGAUUAUUGAAGGAAAAGUUGAUGAUAUGAUGUCUAUGGGCGAGGACUAUCCAUUCUCGAACCUGGCGCCCCUAACAGAUGGUACUCUAGUGAACGCAAGGCCAGACCAUUUCUUUGGUUCCCGGCCUGAGCAGCUCGAGUCUCAGAUUCGCAAGGAUCUUAGUUCUUAUAUUGUUCCAUCAUCACAGGAUUCUCUCCCUAUAAUCCCGAACUUCUUCCUUGAGACCAAGGGUCCUGACGGGUCCCUUAUGGUUGCUACGAGGCAAGCUUGUUACCAUGGGGCAUUGGGUGCUCGAGGUAUACAUAAGCUUCAGAAUUUUAAGCAAGACGAGGAAUCGUACGACAGGAAUGCUUAUACGAUAACCUCAACGUAUCACGGCGGGAAUCUGAAGAUUUAUACGAGUCACCUCGUUCCUCGAGCGAGCGGGCGCCCCGAGUAUAUAAUGACCAUGGUCAAUAACUGGGGGAUGACUGGAAAUAUCGAAACAUUCCGACAAGGUGCAUCGGCGUAUAGAAAUGCUUUGGAUUGGGCAAAAGAACAGCGAGAAAAGAUCAUAGAGGCUGCCAAUGAGAGACUUGCCAGAGUUGAAUCAGAGGCUCUCACAUCUGAACAUGUUUCUGAACCAACAGCUACCCUGGAUGGCUCUCAAACAUCAGCAACAUCUGAUGAAACCGAGAUUCAAGAUACCGCAUGGAGCUUUGCACAGCCUAAUGAUGCUGGUGGUCCUGCAGCUUCUAGUAAGUCUGAUAGCAGACAAGCAGACCGCCCGGGCGGCGGCCCGCUUGCGAACUAG